AUCGUCACCGCGGCAACCUAUUUGUUGCGCCAUAGAUAAUGGUAAGCGGGUUGUUAAUUAUAAUUUGUUUGUUUUAUUAACUUGUUUCAUCUUAUCAUCACCUUAUGAAGUAUUUGCAACUGACAUUAAGCAUAAAUAUGUGAAUGUGGAUUAGGAAUUACCAAAUAUUUAAUCCAUCUGUUCAGCAUACACUAUAUCUCACACGAUUUGUAUGUGUUGUACCUUCGAAGUAUAUCGUUAUUUAAAAGUGAUAUUUAUCACAUAGUCUUGAACUUAUUGUGGGCCAACUCUCCAAUGCUCUAGAUAUAUGUGGUUUGUAUUACGAUGACGUCAUCACCUAGUUCUGUCUUUCUCAAAGAAAGAAACAAUAAAUUUACUGAAUCUUCGGAUGGCGGCUAAGCAUCUUAUGAGUUGUCGUAAUCCACUUGAUUCCUUCGCUCCAUGUUCUGUCAAAAAUGACAUAAGGACUUUGACAACAACCAUUUUAAUAUGUCUGGUAGAGCAAUUCAAGUAGUGGGUUCCACAGAAAGUUCGUUCUUGAUCGAUUUUGACUUCGAGUAAGUGAAUUCGUCUAAAGGUAAUCAGGCUUUUUGAAACCAGAUGUCACUAAAAAAACCGUUGAUUUGAUGGUGUAUAGUUAAUUGGUUGGAUGCAGACUGAGUGUAUUUUCUAGAUGUUCCCCAAAAAAUCAGCUUCGGGAGGAGACUUAAUUAGGACCGCUACAAAAGCAAGUCGUCUGGCAACUUUCCACGUUAAAUAAUGAACCGCUUCACCUUCUCAUGGCCCUAGUACCAUCAGGUCUUUUAACCUACAAAAAUAUAUAUGUAUACCUGUCCACUAUAAUGUUUUCCUCACCACAGUGAAUUAAUUAGCAUUGACAGUCAGUACUUUGUACAUUUGAGGGAUCCUGAAUCAUGUAGGUUCAGUCUUCGACGAAUUUACUCUUUAUUUCUAAGUUUUGCUUAGUGUAUCAUUUUUUUCUUCAUCUAAUUCACCUUGAGUGACGUCUCAAACAUAUUAAUGGUUGGAACUUGACACCCCUCUAAGUAUUUCCACUGACCAUAACUGGGUAUGUACUCCAUGCUGCAGUGGCUCAGUAGUUAGAGCGUUCUGUUUUCAGCUACUAAGUCACAUGUUCGGACCUCGCACCACUGCUAUAGGAAUAUUAACUAAGCUUGUGGUAUACUUUCCUUAAUAAGUGCUACAUUAAGUCACUUGUAAUUUGAAAAAAGAUUAGAACUGUGAUCUACCUAUCCACCAAUUUACAUAAGAACUUGAAGAAACCUACCAAGUUUGAACAAAAACCAGUGUUUAUAUGUACUUUCUCAUUUCACCUAACUUUUCCACUAACGUAGUGGUAGAUGACUUCUCACAAUAACCAUGGAGUCUAUGAUCGACGCAGUUUACAUGCGGUAAAGUUUUGUCUAGUGAGUAUUUCAAAUGAAUCUAAAAACUUUGCACGCACUAAGUGUAUCUAAGUCUGCUGUGUUUUAUGUGCAGGAAGCAAUACCUUAAGACUAGCUGCGCUGAAACUCAUCGCUUCAUGUUUCUCAAAGCCGAGUACGUAAACUUGUACUAGCUGAAUGGGUUGGUCUAGAUAAACAAAACCGAUUUCACUCUUGAGUCUUCAAUAUAUAUUAAAGUUUUGAUUGGUAUUUGGCAAAUGAAUUAUUUCUAGCUAUAGAUACAUAUUCUGUUCCUGAGCUACGAUUAAAAGACCUGAUUGUGGUUGCUUACCCGGCAUUAUUUGUGUGUUUUCGAACUGUUGUGGUCCACAUAUAUGUAUUCACUUUUCAGUGUUAGAACCCAAAAUUGAAUUUUGUAAUUUCAAUCAUUAACAACAUACAGCCUAAUACGCAUGUACAUCGGUUCGAAUUGGUAUACCCCAUUAGCACAGAGGGAUGAAACUGCCAAGCCAAAUCCCAGAAUAGUAGACGUAGUGACAACAUGCGUGGUGAUCGAAAAUAUUAGGUAUCGAAGAUAUGAUCCAAGAAAAUGUAAAUUAGUGAGAUGAAAAGAUAAGAAAGUUAUGAAGAAUCCAGAAGCUCAGAAUUUGGAAGAAGACAAAAAUCGGAUGUACCUGCACCACUGCAAUGGAUUUUGAGCUAUAUCAUACAAUAUCCCUAACCAUUAGUUACAGGAAUCACGCAAACCCUAACCAGAUAGUCUAUACCCACAAACAUGACUCAGUCCAUUUGUCGAUAACCCCCUAGACUGGUGUCACGUCUGUCUGACAGCUCCUACCUUUUUAUCAACCUACUCCUACAUCAAACAGCAUUGACUGCCGAGACAGAGAGUGGUUGGCUAUACGAAAUACGUGUCCCAACUAUUUCAAUAGAUAAAGAUUCAUUACCUCAUCAGCCUAUUUGUAAUGUUUACCUGGUACCCUGUGUUUAACCUCCAGCCUCAUCUUUUCAUUACACUUAUGUCCUAUGCUUUCUCUCCUGUAUUUCUUUUCUUGUACAAUCCCUCUAUAGUAAAAAGGUACUUUCCACCUUCCGUUCAUUCGACUGGAAAAAUUAAUUUGUUUUUAUUAUAUCCGGACGAAGAAUGAGUGAAUGUCAGAAGUAGAAGAAACAUUUAAAAGAUUAUUGGCACACAAAGGAGUUAUUGGUGCAAUUAUUGUAAGCUCAGAUGGGAUCGCAGUAAGAACUUCCAUGGAUAACAGUACCACAAAUCAUUACUGUGGUCUUAUUCAACAAUUGGUAGCAAAAUCUCGUUCUGCUGUUCGUGAUUUAGAUCCAUCUAAUGAUUUAACAUUUCUGCGUAUACGAAGUACUCGAAAUGAAAUUAUGGUAGCACCAGAUCGUGAUUACAGUCUCAUCGUUAUACAAGAAACAAGCACAGAAUAAAAGGUUUUAUUGUUUAUACGGUUUUAGAUCCUUGAAGAAAAUAACAAUAUUUAUGCCUAAUAACUAACGGUAACUUAACUUCAUGGUUUUUGGUGCUAUGGUUCGUUUUUUUCAACGGCUGUUAUUGUCAUUCUAUAUAACUAAUAAAUUGAUCGGCUAAUAAUGUCACAACUAGAUUUUCUUGUUUUGGGUUCUCAUCUUUUGUAGUCCUACCGACCAAUAUGCAAUUCCAUUAACUCUUACUGUCCUGAUCUACUUACAAAUAUUUCCAGUACAAACUUGAUGAAACAUUUACAUUGUUGUGACUUGAACGUGGAUCAAUUUUUACC